CAAUCAGACCGAGCCUGGCUGCUGCGAGGGCGCACGCAUUCACUUUUCCACGUCUGAGGGAAGCACAUCGCCGGGAGGAAGAUUAAACACUGAAACAUCUGACAGUCCGGGUUUAUGUCUCCCGAAGUGUCUGCGAAAUGUCCACGAAGGCAGAACAGUUUGCCUCUAAGAUACGAUACUUGCAAGAGUAUCACAACCGUGUGCAACACAAUAUUUACCCUGUGCCCUCCGGAACAGACAUUGCAAACACACUGAAAUACUUUUCCCAAACCCUCCUCAGCAUUCUGUCCCGCACAGGCAGGAAGGAGAACCAGGAAGCUUCCAAUUUGGCCGUGCCCAUGACCAUGUGUCUUUUUCCUGUGCCAUUCCCACUCACCCCAUCUCUAAGACCACAAGUCAGUUCCAUCAACCCUACAGUUACUCGCUCCCUCCUUUACAGCGUUCUGCGCGAAGCCCCGUCAGACCGCGGGGGGCAGGGGCAGCAGAGUCGGGACGCUCAGCUCUCAGAGUACCCCUCUCUGGACUAUCAGGGCCUCUAUGUGACCCUCGUGACCCUGCUUGACCUGGUGCCCCUGCUGCAGCACGGUCAGCAUGAUCUGGGGCAGUCAAUAUUUUACACAACAACCUGCCUCCAGCCCUUCCUCAGUGAUGAUAUUCUCAGCACUUUGCCCUACACAAUGAUCUCAACAUUAGCCACAUUCCCUCCCUUCCUCCAUAAAGACAUCAUAGAGUACCUGAGCACCUCUUUCCUCCCCAUGGCAAUAUUGGGUUCAACUCGUAGGGAGGGUGGAGUGCCUGCUUACGUCAAUUUAUCGGCCUCUUCUAUGCUCAUGAUUGCAAUGCAGUACACCUCAAACCCAGUCUAUCACUGUCAGCUGUUGGAGUGCCUAAUGAAGCACAAACAGGAAGUGUGGAAGGACCUGCUUUAUGUUAUAUCUUACGGUCCCUCCCAAGUAAAACCUCCAGCUGUGCAAAUGCUGUUUCACUACUGGCCCAACCUGAAGCCACCUGGAGCCAUCAGUGAAUACAGAGGGCUGCAGUACACAGCCUGGAAUCCUAUCCACUGUCAACACAUCGAGUGCCACAAUGCCAUCAAUAAACCUGCUGUCAAGAUGUGCAUAGAUCCUACUCUCUCUGUAGCACUGGGAGACAAGCCACCACCUCUUUAUUUAUGCAAGGAGUGCAGCCAGAGGAUUGCAGGAGAUCAUCCUGAAUGGCUUGUUGAUGUCCUACUGCCACAAGCAGAGAUAUCUGCCAUUUGUCAAAAAAAGAACUGCAGCUCUCAUGUCAGGAGGGCCGUGGUCACCUGCUUCUCAGCCGGCUGCUGCGAGCGCCAUGGCAACAGGCCCGUCCGCUACUGCAAGCGUUGCCAUGUCAACCACCACAGCAGCGAGGUGGGGGCUGCGGCGGAGACCCAUCUGUACCAGACUUCGCCCCCUCCCAUCAACACACGGGAGUGCGGAGCGGAGGAGCUGGUCUGCACGGUGGAAGCUGUCAUUAGCCUUCUGAAGGAGGCAGAAAUCUAUGCAGAACAGCGAGAGUUUGAGCUGAACAGGCGUCGUCAGAUGGGCCUGUCUGCCUCCCACCACUCUCUGGACAACAUAGACUUUGACAACAAGGAGGACGACCAGCACGACCAGCGUCUACUUAGUCAGUUUGGCAUCUGGUUUCUGGUGAGCCUAUGUACGCCCAAUGAGAACACCCCAACAGAGAGCCUGGCGCGGCUGGUCAGCAUGGUCUUCCAGUGGUUCCACUCCACUGCCUACAUGAUGGACGAUGAAGUGGGAAGCCUGGUGGAGAAGCUGAAGCCGCAGUUUGUAACUAAGUGGUUAAAGACGGUGUGUGAAGUCCGCUUCGACGUCAUGGUCAUGUGUCUGCUGCCAAAACCUGUGGAGUUUGCCAGGGUGGGAGGUUACUGGGAUAAAUCAUGUAGCACGGUGACACAGCUGAAGGAGGGUCUCAACCGGAUUCUGUGUCUGAUACCCUACAAUGUCAUUAGUCAACCACUGUGGGAGUGUUUCAUGCCUGAGUGGCUUGAGGCCAUCCGUACCGAGGUGCCUGACAGCCAGCUCAAAGAAUUCAGGGAGGUGCUCAGCAAGAUGUUUGAUAUUGAGCUGUGUCCCCUGCCUUUCUCCAUGGAGGAGAUGUUUGGCUUCAUCAGCUGCAGAUUCUCCGGCUACCCAGCGUCUGUGCAAGAGCAGGCCCUUUUAUGGCUGCACGUGCUGUCAGAGCUGGACAUCGUUGUUCCCCUCCAGCUGCUGAUCGGGAUGUUCUCGGACGGAGUGAACUCGCUGAAGGAACUGGCCAACCAGAGAAAGGCUCGUGCCUCCGACCUGUCUGGCAACACUGGAGCUCGCCAGGUGAGCGUUGUGUCAGAUCCGGGCCGACGCGGGCAGCACAACACCCUGAGCCCCUUCCCCAGCCCCUUCAGGAGCCCCUUCCGCAGCCCCCUGCACUGCAGCCCCUUUAAAAACCUGGGUCACGCCACUGGCAAUUGUGCCUUGGACCUCGACUGUGAUGAUGAUGACAUGAACCUUGGCUGUUUCAUCCUCAUGUUUGACCUCAUCUUGAAGCAGAUGGAGCUCCAGGAUGACGGUGUGAUGCUGGGUCUAGACAGCAGCCUGGGGAAAGAUAUCGUCGGCAUCAUCAACAACGUCUUUCAGGCCCCGUGGGGGGGCUCCCACACCUGCCAGAAGGAUGAGAAGGCCCUUGAGUGUAGCCUGUGCCAAUCCAGCAUCCUGUGCUACCAGCUGGGCUGUGAGCUUCUAGAAAGGCUGACCCCCCGGGAGGAGAUACGCCUUGUGGAGCCCACAGAUUGCUUGGAGGACACCUUGAUCCCCUGUCAACCAGACUUCUCCAUUGGGACAGAAAAUGGAAGUGAGGAAGAAGAAAACCUGAGUGAAGCAAACAAUGAUAACCCCAACAACCAUUCUCCUGAGAAUCCAGUUUCCUUUCUUCCAGCAAUGAAGAACAAUUCUGACAAGAAGUUUUCCUAUCAGCAGCUCCCUGUUUCUUUAAAGCUGAUAUACACUAUCCUGCAGGAAAUGUCCAAGUUUGAGGAGCCCGACAUCUUGUUCAACAUGCUGAACUGUCUGAAGAUCCUGUGCCUUCAUGGAGAGUGUCUGUACCUUGCACACAAGGAUCACCCUCAGUUUCUGGCCUACAUCCAGGAGAAGAUGCUCAUCCCCAGCCUGUGGUCUAUGCUGAAGUCAGAGUUCUGCCAGCUGGCCUCUCUGGCUGUGCCGCAGCUUCUCCAUGCGCUCUCACUGUCCCACGGAGCUGACAUCUUCUGGAAGCUCAUUAACACAAACUUCAAGAGCAAAGAUUGGAAAAUACGUUUUGAAGCUGUUGAGAAGGUGGCAGUUCUGUGCCGCUUCUUGGACAUUAGUGCUGUGACCAAAAACCACCUGCUGAAGUACACCUUAGCCCAUGCUUUCUGCUGCUUCCUGGCCUCCGUGGAGGAUGUCAACCCCGCUGUGGCAACAAGGGCCAGACUGCUGCUGGACACCAUCAAAAGACCAGCACUGCAGGGUUUGUGUCUGUGUCUGGACUUCCAGUUCGACACCGUCGUUCGGGAUCGCCCGAUCAUUCUCAGCAAACUUCUUCUCCUGCACUUCCUGAAGAAAGACAUCCCUGCUCUGAGCUGGGAGUUUUUCGUCAACCGCUUUGAAACACUAUCUCUGGAAGCUCAGCUGCACCUGGAUUGCAACAAGGAGUUUCCCUUUCCCACAACCAUUACAGCUGUGCGGACCAAUGUGGCUAACCUCAGCGAUGCAGCAAUGUGGAAGAUAAGAAGGGCUCGUUUUGCCAGAAAUCAGCAGAAAAGUGUUCGGUCACUGCGUGACAGCGUAAAGGAUGACUCCAAACGGGCUUUUUCCCUCCCAGAGUCACUAAGCAACCGACUUCCACUAAGGCUUACAAGGCAAGAGCAAUCUGCACCGACACUGGGAGAUAUGAUAGAGAAAGUUCUGCCAGCACGGUUCCUCCUGCACUUUAACCCUGACGCUUCAGCACCUCUUGCAGGCCAGACCCCUUCUCCUGAGGAUGACACCAUUAUCAGAGACCUGCUGCCUGAGGACGCUGGCAUCGAUCACCAGACAGUUCACCAGCUGAUCAUGGUGCUCAUGAAAUUCAUGGCCAAAGAUCAGAGCAGUGCUGACGCUGACAUCAGCAGUGCCAAGGCUUUUAACACCGUGAAGAGGCACCUGUAUGUGCUGCUGGGUUAUGACCAGCAAGAAGGCUGCUUCAUGAUUGCACCUCAGAAGAUGCGCACCUCCACCUGCUUCAACGCCUUCAUUGCUGGCAUUGCACAAGUGAUGGACUACAAUAUCGGUUUGGGAAAGCAGCUGCUGCCCCUGGUGGUGCAGGUGUUGAAGUACUGCGCUUGUCCUCAGCUCAGACAUUAUUUUCAGCAGCCGCCACGAUGCUCUCUGUGGGCUUUGAAGCCACAUAUUCGGCAGAUGUGGCUCAAAGCUCUACUCGUUAUCCUUUACAAGUACCCUUAUAGAGAAAUGGAUGGCAGUAAAGUUGUCCUUCACCUGGUCCACAUCACCAUCAACACCCUGAAUGCUCAGUAUCACAGCUGUCGUCCUCACGCUGCAGCCGGACCGCUCUACAGCGACAACUCCAAUAUAAGCCGUUACAGCGAGAAGGAAAAAGAAGAGGACAGUGUCUUUGACGAGUCAGAUGUCCACGACACACCAACUGGAGCUGCUAACAAGGAGUCCCAGACCUUUUUCGCCCGUUUGAAGAGGAUUGGUGGCAACAAGUCUGUAAAGUAUCAACCAGUGGAGCUAAACGCCAAGAGAACCUCAUUUUUAUUUUGUGCGUCAGGUGAGAUCGAGCUCUCAGAGUACCGUGAAGCCAGCGCCCUCCAGGACAGCAUCCUGCACUGCGUCAGGGAGGAGAGCACCAGGAAGAAGCGGCUUCAGGCCAUGCAUAAGCAAAAGUCUCUGGACAUUUCCAACACGGAUUCCAUCCUUUUCAGUUUGGAUGAACACCGGAGGAAGUCCUGCAUCGAUCGCUGUGACGUGCAGGUGCCCCCUGUGGUCCUUCCAUCAUCCGCGUCCCGCAGACAACAAGGUAAAGGAUCGUCUGAUGGCUCAUCGGUUCGGGUUGAUCCUGUUGAUCGGAGAGGUUCCAGAGGAGGCCAGUCUGACACAUCCAAACCCGUCAUCCCAGAGGUCCGUCUCAGCUGCAUGGAGACUUUUGAGGACAAACUGGAUCAAGGGUCCUUGGAAGGAUCAACUCAGGAGAAGGAGGAUCAAGACCUCAUUGACCUCUCGUCAGAUUGCACCUCAAUUCCAGAAAAACACUCUCUGCUCUCCAUGUCCGACAGUGACUCCCUGGUUUUUGAACUGCUGCCCCCACUGAGAAUUGUGGAGAGCGAUGAAGAGUUUGACAUUAACACAAUAAUAGGUUCAAGAUUCAGUGGGAGUCCAAAGGUCUCUGCAUCUUCUGCGAGCAGUAAUACUUUGCGGUUGUCUCCUGUGGUUCCGGUAAGGGUGGCUGACUGUUCAAGUGCAAAAAAGGACGUAGAACUUACCGUUGGAGAGAAGAAGAAAUCUUCCGAGAAGAAGCUCAUAGAUUUGACCCCAAGCGCCUCCUUAGAGAUCCCUGAACGUCUGGAGAAUGUUUCCUGUGAAAGCCCAAUGACCUUGAAGCAGAAGAGAGAUCUGCUGAAGAAGACCCCAAAUGUUCCAGUCACCUCAUUAGAUGAAGCCUCUGUGAUCCAAGAAGACAUGAGGACAGAGAUGGGUUCCAGUCCCUCCGGCAAGACUGUCUUCCUGGACAUCCCGGAAGACAGAGCUGAGCCGCCUUCGUCGCCUGAGAAAAGUAAGACCAAUAGCAAUGAAGAAGAAGAAGACGACGGAGACGACGAGGAAGAUGAUGAAAUGGGGGAUGAAGCUGAUAGCAACCCCAAAACUGAGCACGCAGACGACACUGACGAAGCAGAGUUCAAAAUUCAGAUUGUUCCUCGGCAGCGGAAACAGAGGAAGAUAGCCGUCAGUGCCAUCCAGAGGGAAUAUCUGGACAUCUCGUUUAACACAUUUGACAAACUGGGUGUAGAACCAACGACUGAGGCUGAUCACAAAGGUAUAUCAGCCUUGGAAAAACCCCGGGAAUCAGCCUCCGCUCCAACUCUUGAAGCUGCUCUGCCAGAAACAAGCCAUCGCUCUUCAGUGUCAACUCAGUACCGGCAGGCAAAACGAGGCUCUCUGGGAGCUCUGACGAUGAGUCAGCUGAUGAAGAGGCAGCUGGAACAUCAGUCAAGUGCGCCACACAACAUCUGCACCUGGGAGACCGGUCAGAUGCUCUGGACUUAUCUCUGUAGCAACGUCACCUUAACAGGAAAUAAUGUAUGCGGAGAAUAUGAAACAAACACUAACGGGAACCAUGUCCUCUUCUUGGUAGGUCCCACCAAAACAAGCUUACUUUCAGCACCGAGCACAGUCAGCAUGUUUGUUCCAGCACCUGAGGAGUUCAUCGACGAGCAGCCCACCACCAUGUCUGACCGGUGCCGGGACUGUGCUGCUGUGCUGGAGGAAUAUGACGAGGAGACUCUAGCUCUUGCAGUGGUAGUUCUGUCCAUGUUUAUCCACCUCAGCCCUGAUCUGGCUGCUCCCAUGCUUCUCGACAUCAUGCAGUCUGUAGGCAGGCUGGCAUCGAGUGGCAAUUUCUCCGGACAAGCUGAGAGUAUGCUGAUCCCUGGAAAUGUAGCAGGUGUGGCCAAGCAGUUCCUUCGUUGCAUGUUUCACCAGCUGGCCCCUAAUGGCAUCCUGCCCCAGCUCUUCCAGAGCAACAUUAAAGAUGGGGGUUUCCUGCGAACCCUUGCUUCCUCUCUGAUAGACUUCAAUGAGCUGAGCUCUGUUGCAGCUCUCAACAUGCUGCUUGAGGGCCUAAACAACAAAAAGAGUCUACCAGCAGGGGGCACAAUGCUGCACUGCCUGGACAACAUUGCCACCUUCAUGGAGGCUCUCCCUAUGGACUCUCCCAGCAACCUGUGGACAACCAUCUGCAAUCAGUUCCAGACCUUCCUCACAAAACUGCCCUCUGUGCUUCCUUUGAAGUGCCCAAUGGAUUCCAGUUUAAGGAUUAUCAUUUGUCUUCUAAAGAUCCCAACAACAAACGCGACUCGGAGUCUCCUGGAGCCUUUCUCUAAGCUUCUGAGCUUCGUUAUCCAGUAUGGUUCCUUCAGCCUUUCCUACCUGGUUGAAAUGUGCGGGCUGUGCUAUAAAGCCUUCAACAAGGAGAGAGAUAAGUUCUACAUGUCCCGCAUUGUGGUGUUGGAGCUUCUGCAGGCUCUCAAGUUCAAGUCUCCCAUACCUGAUACAAACUUGUUACUGCUGGUUCAGUUUGUUUGUGCAGAUAUAGGAACACGUUUAGCAGAAUCCACUAUCAUCCAAAAGCACAUGAUCUCCACGCUGCCAGGGUGUACAACUGCGGCAAUGGAAUGCAUAAGGCAGUACAUCAGUGAGCUGCUGGACUUCAUUGCAGAUAUGCACACUCUAACUAAGCUAAAAAACCAUAUGAAGGCGUGCUGUCAGCCGCUGCACGAGGACACUUUUGGGGGAAACCUGAAAGUAGGCUUGGCCCAAGUUGCAGCCAUGGAAAUCAGCAAAGGGAACCACCGUGAUAACAAAGCUGUAGUCCGGUAUCUCCCCUGGCUUUAUCAUCCACCAUCUACCAUGCAGCAAGGGCCAAAAGAAUUCAUUGAGUGCGUGUCCCACAUCCGUCAGUUGUCCUGGCUUCUGCUAGGGUCUCUGACACACUGUGCCCUGCACCAAGGCUCCACCUCCUGUAUGCCCAUCCCGCUAGACGCUGGAUCCCACAUCGCAGAUCAUCUUAUUGUCAUCCUUAUUGGCUUCCCGGAGCAGUCAAAGACAUCAGUGCUGCACAUGUGCUCCCUUUUCCAUGCUUUCAUGUUUGCCCAGCUGUGGACAAUCUACUGCGAGCAAGCAGCAGCUGCACCAUCACUGCAGAACCAGAACCAGACAGAAUUUUCAUCCAGUGCCAUCCUCACUGGCCUGGAGUUUUGGAGUCGGGUCACCCCUAGCAUCCUCCAGCUCAUGGCUCACAAUAAAGUGAUGGUGGAGAUGGUUUGUCUUCAUGUCAUCAGUUUGAUGGAAGCCCUACAGGAAUGCAACUCGACCAUCUUUGUGAAGUUAAUUCCAAUGUGGCUGCCCAUGAUUCAAUCCAACCUUAAGCAUCUGUCUGCGGGACUGCAGUUGCGCCUUCAGGCCAUCCAGAACAGGGUUAACCAUCAGUGUCUGCAGGGCCAGUCACCUGGAGCCCCACCCUUUGCACUGUGCAAAUGGCUCCAAUGCACACAAUUCAAGAUGGCUCAGGUGGAGAUCCAGUCGUCAGAAGCAGCCUCACAGUUCUACCCGAUGUGACCUGUUCUGCACUCGUUGCUGGGUCUUUUCUGUCCCGACACCCGCAUGCACCUGCCUUAGCUAACCAAAAACAGGACUCAAACUGAUGCUGUGCUGGAUUUAUUUUUAAAAAAAUAGCAUUUUAGGAACCUUUAAUACUUGUAUAACAAAUAUAUGUUAUUUUAAAGUAAUUGUGGUUGAACUGCUGAUCAAAGGUGGGGUAAAUGUAUUUUGUGCCUAAGGAGAAUGACUGUGAAUAAUUUAUAUUGUCCCAUGUUAGUGACAAUAAGGGUGUAAAAAGCAGAUGCUUCUAUACUUUACGCUGAUUCUGUUACACUGAUAUCCUAUCACUUUUUAGGUUGUUUGGUUUCAAGCUGGAUAUUAAAUUUUUUUUCUAAA